AUGUUCAAAAAAGAGAAACCCACCAUGUCGGUGUCCGCGAUCAUACAGAGCAGGGCGGCUGCUUACCAUUGGGGAAGAGGUAAAAAUCGUUAAAUUUCAUUUCCAUCGACUGCGCGCAGCCAAUGUGAUAGUUUUACAAAGAUGUUUUUUUUUAUGUGUACACUUUUUCUACCAGAAAGCUCACUCCGAUGUAUACGAUGUGUGGACCAUUUUCUGAAAGGAAAUUUUCUUGGGAUGGUACUUGAGGGAGGCCAUUGUUCGAUUUUCUUGGGAGUUUUCUGAUUAAAUGUGAAAAACUGGAAAAUAUAUGAAAUAUAUGAGUAAAAUAUUGCGACUUUUUUUUUCUGCGGACAAUUUUUCUACCAGCAGUUUUGCUCCGAUUUACAUGAUAGCACUUUUUCUAUAUGGAAAUCUGACUGGAGAGGUACUUUAUAGAAGUCAUUUUUUCGAUUUUUUAGGAGUUUUCUCAACAAAUGAAAAAAACCUGGCAAAACAAAUAUUAUUAGAGAAAAUAUAUAAUGCCUAUUUGAUUAUUUUACUAUAAUAUGACUUAUACAUUGUUGACAAAGCGUCACUAUCAACGGAACUCCGCUCAGAAUCGUUUUUUUUUAACAAUAGUUUAUCGUUGUUUACAGAUAUACAUUGAAUUCCCUUCUGUUUUCUACCUUCCCAACUUCCCACCUACAACAGUAUGUCCGUCAUUUUUUAAUCUUGAUCAGAACUUUAUCAAUUUAUUUUUACAAUCGAACGCACACCAUACGUAUUUCACUUUUGCGGUAUAUCAAAAGGAUUUUUUUCGGUCUGGGCGGUUUCUGGGGGUUUUUUUUUUUGGUUUUAGUGUGCUUAUGAUUUACCGUAGCUUAAUAAUACAAAUUGGCUUAAUAACGUUCAGUAAGCAAAUGAUUUCCAAUCGGCCUACGCAGCACACAUAACACACGAUUCGUGUGCGGUUCACUGUUCCAAAUAUAACGUUCAAUAUCUGGUUCAAUACAACGUUUAGAUUUUUAAAAAUAGGACUAAUUCAACACUUUUAAAUGACUUUAAGAUUUCAAAAAAUGAAUUAAAAAAUCAAAACACAUUGUUUUGCCUUUCAAAAUAUUGUCCCCUUUUCAUUUUACAAGUGCUUUUACUCUAAAACCAAAAUGAAUCGAGUUCUAAAUAUAGGCACACCACAGACCCACGGGGGCAAUGCUUCAAUAAUCUCUUUCACAUGACACCUAUACUCAGCAACAAAUUCUAUUUACAAUUUUUUAUGUAAAAAUGUAUCAUUACUUUUUAAUCAUUUUUUCUAUGCACACGCCAUGCAUUGUCUGUAGGUAAUCUGUAUUUUGUUCUGCUUAUUAAUUAUGAAAUACAUGGUUAAAUUAUUAAGUCGAUAAUAUAUCAAAAAAGCCCAUUGGGUAUUUUUGAGGGUGUUAAUUUUAAACUCGGUGGUGCUUAAAUCGCUAAAGACCCCCUUGCACCCCCAAGUUGCGCCUAUGGUUCAACGUAGUCUGCGUAAGGUAGAUUUCGUUAUGUUGCCCGUUAGUUGCAUUAAGGCAGCACAUGUCGGUUUCACGUUCUCUUGAUGAACACUGUAUUUGGAACGUGCUUUGUACUGUCCAAAUAAUAUUUAAGAGGAGAUAUAAUAUAGUUUUGUUUUCUUUCUAUACUGCAGAAUUUACUAAUGGGUUACACACCGCGUUAUUUCCGCGCACUAUUCAAUUAUCAGUGAAUUAAUCCUACGAAUAUAGCCCCCAGUGAUUGUAAUUUCGGUAAUGACGCCACAAACACUAUAGUUAUAGUGAUGUGCCUUGGGAAAUUAUCCUAAGUGUAAGUAAAUAUUAUAGGCGUUAAAUUAGUAAUUACCCACAAGUAUAAUAUUUACCAAAUUAACCAAACUAAUAUUUGUUUAAAUAUAACAGUGUAAUAUUUUACAUUUUAGUUGUAUUUUUUUUCUAAAUUUGCCAGUUGUCUAGUCACAGGUAGAGUAAAACAUCUGGUAUAGAACCAUCAACGCGGUGAAGAUGACAAAAAUGUAAAAGUUUUUAGUAUACAUUUUUGUGUAUUGCCUCAAAAAUAAAUUACCUCAAUUUAUCGGGUUAAUAAAACAACCACUACAUAUAAUAGUCGUACCUUCUUAUUUAUAGUUCCAAGUAUCAAAUUUAUCCACGAUUAAAAUGAACACAUUGUCAUUUACUACAUAAUAAUAUUAUUUUUAAAUUAUUGUCGUAAUUUCGAGUCCGUACUCCGUUGUAACGUUUGUUUUAUGAUAUUAAUAUCUCGUUAUCGUUCAAAAUAGGUUUGUCAGUGCAUUUCAAUCAUUUUUUAAAUACAUAAAAUAUGAGAGUUAGUACCUUAUCCACAUUUUUUAAUAAACCGUUAACAAAAUGUCAAUAAUAAAAUAAAUUGUUAUCAAUCUAUUGUUAUAUACAUGUAUUGUAAAUAAAUGUCGUUGUUUGUAUAUGCGUGUUUAAAAUAAUACGUUGAAUGGUUUGAUUUAAAUUAUACUUUUAAAUUUUAAUAAUACACAAUAUUAUGUUCAAUACCUAGUGAAACUUGCAUAAGAUUAUCACGUUUACCGUUUACCUGAUAUAGCGCGAAUAAAUGAAAAAAGUACGGAUGGAUUAUUUUUCGAGCUUUCGGGGUACGACAAAAUAAUAAAUAGUUAGGUACUUGCUGUAUUAUUCUGUCAAAUAUUGGUUGUUAUUCUAAAGUACACACGCACCUACCGAUAAUAUUAAUAUAGUAUAUUUUAGUUUUUAAAUAAUACGCGUUCAUAACCACUUAACGCUUUUUCGUUUGUUAGUAUUUUAUUCUAAUUUUUUGUACAGUGUUAUAUCGAGAGUUAUCUAUAUUGUUUAUCUUAGAUUCUGAGUGCAGCGAGGAAUGUAUUAGUUUUACCAUGGUGAUUUUAUUUUUAUUUGUAAACAACAUUUACCUAGUGUAAACGGACGCAAAUGUUGACCGUCUCGUUGACUUCGGUAAUACAAACCGAAUUAUUAUAAAUGUAUAAAAUAUUAUGUAUAUAUUUAUUAUAUACAAUACGAUACUAAUUCGCAUUAUUUCAUUUUAGUCUGAUAUAAUAUUAUAUUUUAUCAUCGUUCGUGUGUCAUACGUAUUUUAAAUUACUAGACACGGUUUAUACAGUAUUCAAUACGUAUACUUAUUUAUAUUUUUUAAUGUAUUUCUGAAUAAUUCGAUUAUGAUAAGAAAAAAAAAACUAAAUAAUUGAUUCAACAAAAUCGUUAAUUGUAUAAUUUAUUUAAAAUUAUAUUCUUUAUCGGUGAAAUAAUUUUUCAUUCGAUUUAGAAAAAAAGAUUUGUUGAUCUAUAUAAUGACAUAAUGUUUUAUCAUAUUAUAGGUUAUUUAUUGACAUUUUCUUCAGGUGGUACAAACCAAGCCCCCCUCCCCUUUAUAGGUGGUAUAGCUGGAAUUCUGGUCGAUAUAUUAUAAUAUAAUUUUUUUACCGCUUUUUUUUAAGUUUUAAUCCGUGUCGAAAUCUGCUUUUAUUUCGAUGUAUUUUUUUCUGUAGCCUUUGCGUAUACAUUUCUAGACAAAUAAUAAUAUCUUUAAAUUUGGUGUACGCGUGUGUGAUGUAUUUUCAACAUUUAAUAUGCUUAUAUUAAAAACUAUACAAAAUUGACUUAAGUCAUUCUUCCCUGAGCUCAAAAAUAUACGAUUAAAAUUAAUAAAUUUGUUUCAAUAUAAUCACACAAUUAAUUUUUAUUCAAUUUUAUACUGAUUGGUUUAAUAUAAAUUUGGUGUUUAAUAUAUGUAUCAAGUGGAUAGUUAUUACACCUAAAUUAUCUUUUACUACGUUUUAUUAUGCGAUAAAAUUCAAGUCGAGUCGAGUCUAUUAAACAUUGUUAAUUCGAUGUAGCGUCUGGUACACUUAUCCCUGUUUCGACAAUGUCAAUCAGUGAAAGAUUAAUACUGAUAUUAUUGAAAAUUUAAAAAUAAGUUUUGCGUUUUUUCAAAAGUCAUCGUUUAUUGAUUUUAUUUGUUCACUUUUACCUUUAAUCUACUAUUAUAUUCGACAUAAUAACUGCUCACGGCAAUUAUAUUUUGUCUAUAAUAAACUAUCUGUACAGUUUUAUAAAAGCAAAAUAAACCGUAUCUAGAAAAAUUAAAUAUUCCUAUAAUAAUCAAACGAUAGAUGGUCAUCUAUCGUUGAUUAUAUCAUAUCAGACGACAGCAAUCCUACACGAUGUGUACACGUUAUGUGGGACAUGGUACAAUAGAGAUGUAUGUCAGCAUUUUAAUUCUGCGCAUGCCGCCUAUUACUCUUCUCCAGAAGAGUUAUUAUUAUCAAUUAUAUCAUCAAUAUGUAUGUCUGUGAUAAUUAGUAUACGUCAGUGAUGACCAAUCUUUUUUUUUUUACUUCGGGCUAUAAAAAAUUAUAAUAACAAUAAUAACUCUUGGCGGGCCAAAUUUAAACUUUUACUUUUGAGUAUUUUAUCGUAGGUACAUCUUAGUGUAGGUAGAGUGAUAUAUUUGAUUGUUAAUUACGUAUUGAUUGUUAUAAAUGAGAAAAAAAAUUUAAAGUAUAAACAUAUCUUUUUUUUAAUGCUCGUAUUAAUUUUUUAAAUUCAAAGCUAUUAUGUUUUUUCAAUUUUGAUUUAAUACUUUAUUGAGCCGAUUAAUAUAUGAUCGCUGGCCGUAACUUGUCACCACUGGUAUACGUUGAUAUCGUAAUAGCAUACACUGACCAAUACGGAGCGGAAAAAAGAAUAUGGCCGUACUAACAUACCUCUUAAUUUUAUCACGAUGUGGGACGUCAUACGUGUUUAUAUAGUUUUAGUAUUAUUCUCAAUAAUGGCCGUGAUUAUGAAAAAUAAUGUACUGUCGGUCGUUGUUUUAGUCGCAAUUCAACAGACCUGUAGACAUUUAAAUGGAUUAUGAUGAGGGAGUCUCACUAUACGGCCAAACAAUGAGGGCGUUGUUCAAUUGGCUAAUUUUGAACAGCUCGCGUACUCAUUGAUAGUUUUUGACAUUCUCAUUGAAAGGAUAGACAUUUAAAUAUUCCGGUUUUUAAUAUGUGAAGAGGAUGAACGAAACGAACGAAGAAUAUCAAUAUCAAGAAUAAACAGAACAAUUUAUUUUCUUAUUGUUACAUAAUAUAUUGAUUGAUUGAUUGAUUAAAUAGUAUACAGCAUUACGUGCCUAUACAUACUACUAUUUAAGUACUUUUUCUAUAGCGUUGUGUAUAAACAAUUUUUCAUUUAAUUUGAUAAAAUAUACUUUUAUUUGGUCACUUUUUUAUACUUUAUAAGCCUUGUUAUUAAUAGUUAGGACGUGGAAGAAACGGGGAAAUUUUCGCAAUAUCGUUAUCUGUUAUUCUUUGUUGUUAAAAAUAAUUAUAGAGACUUGAAAUAUCCACCGAAUACUUAUUCUAGCCCUUUCUAGACGUUAUAACAUUCUCAAAAUCAAUUUUUCAAUCAAAUAUUUAAAGUAGAUUUUUUUUUGGUUUUUUCAAAGUGAUUUGAAAUUUUCGGGUUUUUUUUAGAAAUGAAUAAAAAAUGUUUGCCCAAUAAAAAUAUACAAACAUUUAACUCGAGGUUCAUCAUUAAUUUGUAGCGAGUGGUAAAAAAAACAUCGGAAAAAUGUAGUAAAUAAAAAAUACUUAAUUUUUCAUACUAAUUUCCGCAUUAUGUGAAUACGAUUUUUUCGACUCAGCAAAACACUCAAUAUAAAAUGCAAUUUGUUUUAAUGUUUAUCUACAAAAAAUAUUUCACCGAACUAAGUUCAGAAUCGUGUUUUUCGUCGGCGAUGAUUUAUUGUAAUUAUCAAACCACUUAACAUUUCAUCCCAACUUCCCACAACCUACCUGUACGUGGAGACGCCGCACCCACAUCUAUUAUCUGAGUCAUAACAUAGAAGUUACAGCUAUUUAAAAAAAAAAAAAAACAAAAAAUAAGUUCGUUUAGCCCUAGAAGAUAUUCUCCGUUUGAAUUUUUGUUAUUUGUGUUUAAACCCCGACGCCGCAGAGUACGUGCUAAGUAACGUAAUUCUGUUAUGUUGCCCGUACAGCUGCAGUUGUAGAUAGAUAUUAUGCGGGCGUGGCGUCCUCUUAAGGGAUUGUCGUGAUACAGAUAACGUUUAUUUUUAUUUCGAAAUGUUAAACCGUGUUGAAUUCGAAUAACGAUUGUUGUCAGAGUCGGUGUACGGGCACGAAAAAAAAAAAAAAAAAAAAAUUACAUUAUGUAUAAUAGUAAAACUAAUUAUACAUAAUAUUAUUAUGUAUUAUAGUUGUUACGAGUUCGAUAGUUUCAGACGGCGACGUUCCUGUCGGUUUUGAUAAUAUUAUGUCCAAAAAAUAUUCACUGUUCAACAUUCCGGUACCUCGACCGUACGCAUCGUGCGGCAUCAUUGUCGCCGUUGGAUUUCCCACGUCGUGUGGCGUUUGUAAGACCGGCACACGCCCUUCCCCCGGGUAUCGCGUCAUCUCUCAACGGGCGCGACGGCGACAAAAUCAAAAAAAUAAAAUAAUAUUAACAAUAAUGAGAAAAACGCGUGCGCGCGCGCGUGUGUUCUAUUUGUGUCCCCCGAAAGGUUGAAAAUAAUAAUAAUAAUAAUACUAAUAGAUGAUUUAUGGACUGCUGCGGUGUCAGACAAUAACGAUAAUAAUAAUAUGUGACGACGAUAUCCAGCCGUGUGACGGAUAUAUCGCCGGUAUUAGAAAAAAAAAAAUUUAAAAAAAAAAAAUGUUCGACUGUACGGUCGUUAGCGGAGUGUUACUUUUUUAUUUUUUGUCAAGGUCGCGGCGGUGGUUCCCGACCGUCAUCGUCAGCAACUACAGCAGCGGCACGCGUAUCUAUUGUGGAGCUUCCUAUUUCGCACCUGAAGGUCGGCCUAUCUCGCGUGGUUUUUAUAUUCCCCCCCCCUCUCUCCACAAUAAUAUACCUACAUACGUAAUUACAUGUUGUUACCAAUCACUAAUUUUUCCUCUCGGGCAUAUCCUUUCCGUGUAGGCAUAUAAAUAAUAAAUUAUUUACGCGUAUACUGCGUGUGCCAGGGGCAAGUAAGUGGGUAUGGGCACCUAACUAUUACAGGGUGAUCCGUUUAACACUAUCCGGUGAUUUUCUCGCGAGUCUAUUCCAAUGAAUUCGAUUUCUGUAAAUAUUAUAUAUUUUUUUUUUCAAUCGUUGUGGGAUCGUUUAGGUUUUAUUUUAAAUGUUUUUCCUAUGUUCAUUGUAGACCUUGAACCAGUAUAAUGUACACUUUCGAUUUUCAGAUAGGAAGUUUUGAACAUUUUUCGAAACACAUAGUCGAAUAAUAUUUCGGUUUAUGAGUUAUAAUAGUUGAAAAUUUAGACCGGAAAACUAGAGAGUGGCGUCAAAGUUCAUAUCCACGUUUAAAUUAUGAUUCCUAUGUUGAAAUUGUCAUAAAAGUAUUCCCUGUAUUCGAAAAUAAAACCAACUGGAAUCGCCGAUCCAUUUUGAAUCAUCCGAAGAGAUCGCUACGAUGAGUCGAUCACCCUGUAUAAUAUUAUAUAGUUUGUUGGAAAACUCCACAGAAACUGUGUGUGUGCGCGCGGUUCCUCUCUCUCGCUCUCUUAUCCCUCCGUCUCCGUCUCCCGACUGUCUCUUGCUGCGUGUCUGUCUUUUGCUCGUCCAUGGUAAUAUUAUAAAAUUAUUAUUUUCGUACCUACCAGAGAGGUACCCUCUCUUGCGGGUAUAAUACUGUAGUAUAUUAUUAUUAUUACGACGACGACGACGACGGUGAUGUCGACAACGCGCGCGUCGAAGUAUUUAAAUAUCGCCGUGUGUCGUAACACGCGUAGUAGAGAAUAAAAAAAACGCAAUACUGUUGCCCCGCCCCGCUCCAUAAUAAUAACAACACAACAUUCCCAUAAACGAACACGCGCCGCGCGCAUGUGUGUGUGUGUGUGUGUGUGCCAACACCGCCGCCUGCUGCAACUCGUGUUGUACGACGACGCUGUGAUAUUGUGUACGUUUAUAAUAUUGUGACGAUUUUGAUGGACGACGUAAUAUUUUUUUGUUUUUGUUUUUUUUACUUCUGGCCGUAGUACGAGCCGAAAUCGUCGGAAUUUGAAAAGGAAAAAUAAAAUUAUAGACCCCCCCCUCCGUCCCGCCCCCUCGCCCGACGCAAUAGUGUACAUUGCGCGCAGUUCAAAACGUUUCUUCGUAAUGUCAGCGGUUUCUUUUUUCGCAUUCUUUCAACCACGCGGCACGCAAAAGCGCACGCGUGCAUGUUUUUAUUGUUAUUGCGAUGGAUAAUCGACGCGGUGGUAUAGGCAGGACUUUUUUUUCAAGGACGGUGUGAUUUCGACAAAAUUAAUGAAACGGACGCCGAAAAAAUGUCUUUCGUUGGUUUAAUAUUAUUGGUUCUAACUGAAUAAUAUAAAAAUUUUAGUAUCUCAAAAUCGAACAGUGUUCAAGUGUUCUGUACAUCAAACCCGAGCAUUGUUGCGUUGUUAUAUUUGUUUUUUUAAGUGGAUUGCGGGUAAUUUCUAUCAUUGGCAAACACACAUUAAGUUUAAUAGUCUAAAUAAUGUUAUUAUAUAAUUCAUCUAGUUUUUUACUCAGAUAUACGUUUUAUAUUCACUAGGUAUACUAUGUAACUUUUAAAAUAUUUACCAAAAAUAAUUUUGUAUUAUUUUUAUAUAGCAGGGCUUGGCUUAGAAACACAUUUCGUUUUCCAUUCUUUUGAUUUAAAAUAUUACACAACGCGUUUUGCGUUCAAUUUGAAUUAAAAUUGUGUAUAAUAUUUUUAUGUUAAGAUUUUAAGCGUUGGUUGUUUUUUUCGGUGUCAUAAAUUAUACCAGAAAGAAAAAACUUAAAGCUUUUAAAAUGUGGUGUUAGAGGCGUAUGGAUAAAAUAAGUUGGACAGAGUGGAAAUCAAAUUAAAAGAUCAAAAUAAAACCUUUGAGAAACUUUUAAAUAAAUACGAGCAAUCGAUCGGAAUGGAGAAUUGGAGUUAUAACCUAACCUAUGGAUUGGAAAUAAAAAAACCAUACAUAGGUAUGUAUUUUUACAGCGAAAAUCUAAAACAGAAUAACAAAGACGAAUGGUCGCUUGCUUGCUUGUGUAGCUGGUUUUAGGUAAAUCUUAAAUAUGCAUUUUUUUCAAAUUUAAUAAAAUAACCGACAAUAUUGCAUCCAGCCAUUCUAACUAAAGCUUAUACCGUGUUAUAAAGAUGGAAAAUAAAUCGUAACAACUAGAAGACUUAAUUAAUUAAUUCAACGAAAAUGGAAAAUAGUUUUAAACGUUUGCAAGCCCUUGUAAAAGUAGUGAUAAAAAACUGUUUCAUUAUUGAUUCAUUGAUUUUCCGAGAAUAUUAAUUCAAUAUACAUAUUGUAUUGUCGACAUUUUUGGUUUUUUUCCGAACUAUUUUUUCCAGUUUUUGAAAGAAAUAUUGUCUUUCAUAAAUAAAUAAUUUGAUGAGUAGGAAGAUGAUAGGGUGAGAAUAGAGUAGCUGACCCGUACUUAUAUAAGAUUAAUGUAAAGAAAAAGAUUUUUAAAAUUCGAUUUCGUGUUAUGAAACCUGAUAAUAAUUGUAAUUACAUUAUUCGAAAAAAAAUUAACUCUAUUAUAUUAUAUUUUAAGGUUUGAUUCCUAUUAGCAUGUGGUUCGGUUCUAAUCAUGUAUAUAUUUCCAAAUGAUUAUAGUGUUAGUUGAUGAAGAUAAAUAAUAAAUUGUACACUCAAUGUCACUUGUUUAUAUUGCAUAUUUAUACGAUGGAAAACCUUGUAAAACAAUGUUGAAUAUAAUAUUUCUCAUUGUUAUUAAAUAUAAUCUAUAUUAUAUUAUAUGUCAAUUUAUUAUACGCAUUGAUUUUAGUUGAAAUAUAAUAGAAUACAUUUUAGAUACCGCUUGGGUCGUUGGGAUAUUAUGGGUUCGUGCCAUGAUUAUAUUAUUGUUGUCGAAUUACAGAAACAACGUCGGUAAAAUAGACAAAAUAUUAAUGUCGACCUGCUAAAGUGCUAACUUCACAAUCUACUGUCCAAUCUCGUGAUGAAUAAUGGUUAUAUAUUUCUCGAAAAACUUUCAAAGUACCUAAAUAUGUUUUCCGAAAUUAUUAUGAGACUGUGUUUUCUAUGUUGAUUUUAUGAAUUUAGUUUUUAAUAAGUUAAAGAUUUUCCGUUUAUAUUAAACAGCGUUGUAACACACUGUAUUAAAGAGUACAAAAUGUUCUUUGUACUGCAUCAUGUAUAAUACAUAGUCGAUUUUAAAUUUUAAAUGUGUUUAAUGUACAUAAAUUUAAACAUUUUGUACGCUUGUUACAUAAUAUCAGAUUAUAUUUGUUACGUUUAUAUUUUAAACUUUGCAUGUGUUAAUCGUAAUUUAUAUCUAAAAUUGUUUAUGUUUUUAAUAACUGCGUCGAAAAACAAAAAAAUAAUAGGAUAUUUAAAAGAAUUUAAUGGCAUCCAAGGAACUGUUACAGUGUUGCAUUGAUAAAAGAAAUUUGUUUUUCGUUUAUCACUUUAGGAGACAUUACACGGGCUAAAAAUAAACCGUUUCUAUUUUAUCGCCACGAAAAUAUAGAAAAAAUAAUGUUUGUGUAUUAUUAUCAUUUUUAGUAGGUAUUUUGAUUAUGUUUUUUGGAGAGGAAUUUAAUCUUAUAAAAUGCAACGCAUGUGCAAUGUAAAAAUAAUAGAUAGUAAAAACCAGAAAAUUCAAAUUAAAUGAUAAGAAUAUUUUAUGUUCAUACGACGAUAACGAACUGGUAUAAUUUAUAUUAUUUUAACGUUUAAAAAAUAAUUAUAUGCGCCAUUCAUUGAUAAACUAUAAAUAUAAAUACUUGGAUUAAACAAAUUAUGUUGCCACUUUUCAAAAUAAAACUAAACCUCGAGAAAAAGGCUUAAUACAAUAAAUUAUUGAUAUAGACAUAUUUUACUUGAAUUAUUAUUUAUAUAUAAUUUUCAUUUAAUCAAUUCAAAAUUACGGUUAAACCACUACACACGAUAACUUAUGUUUUCGUUUCGAUAGCAAUGUGCUUUGAAAUUGAAUUUACGCAUUCGAUUGCGUUUGACGGCGAAAAAUAUAUGGGAAGAAAAACAAACGAACAUACUUGGCACGGCAGGUAGACCACUGUUGUAAGAAGUCAGGAAGGUAGAAGGGAAAUUUAAUGCAUAUCUGUACACAAUGAUAAAUCAUUGCUUAUGAAAAACGAUUCUGGGCGGAGUUCGGUUAUACAUGUUUUGAAAGGCCGUAAUAUUUACGAUUUGAAAAUAAUAAAUUUUGUACAUUUUCCCGUUUUUUUCUCAUUUUAUUAUUGAAAAUCCUCGAGAAAAUCAAAAAAAUUACCAUCAUUAAGUACUACCCUAGUCAAGUUUCCGUUCAAAAUAGAUGGUACACUUGAAAAUCGGAGCACAUUCUCUAGUAGAAAAGAUGUUCAAAAAAUUAAACAUCAUUGUAAAACUAAUUCUCUCCAAUAGAGAUCUAAUGCAAGUAGAUACAGAGAAUGUUUCGAACCCGUAAACCUCAUAGGCGCGUUAAAGUAUAGCGGACAUCUAAAGCGGAAAUAUUGUUUUGACCCCGGAGUCUACGUACACCUACCUAUUAUGCCUAUAUAUUUUAAUAUCAUAUCUGCAGUUGGUAGUUGCAACUAUCCGUAUAGGUGUACAUAACGUAUAAUAUUGACAUCUUUUGUGGACGGCACACAAACACGGGUCCUAUAGGUAUAUUGUGUUAUACAUAUAUUAUGUGUACAUACAGCAUUGUCCCCCUGCCCCUCUCGAUCCUCGGUAGGCCAAUUAGUAUUGUUUUCGAAUUCCGAAUGACAAUAUGUUAUACACACACAUAAUAUAUGUAUACGUACUAUGAUAGAGAAUAUCGUUACCAGUAACCUUGUACAAAUUCAAUAUAACCGCCCGACGCGCGUGUACAUCGGCGCAUAAUAUUCAACUGCAUUUAUAUCUCCCACCCGAUUUUGUCCGUCGGGCUGAAUUCGUUGCAUUUUGUAAAUUAAUUUCUACUAUACCUGCCAGCUAUCCAGCUACAUGGCUCUAUAGUCGUAUAAGAAAGCUCGUCAUCCUGUUCCACUAUUAUAUUGUUAUAUAAGUAUGAGAUUAGAGACGCUAUAUUGUCAAGGUUAAAAUUCAUUCAGAUAAAUACGCAUAAAAAAUAAUACAAUUUCAUAGGAAUAUAAUAUAAUAAUUAUUACAUUAAUUGUAUUCUACACUAAAAUUAACUAUUAUGUUAAAUUAUCUGUGCUUUCCCCCUCCCAUUUAAAUCAUUAUAAAUACAUUUUCGGGAAUGAAUACAUAUAUGUCUAUGCAAUUUUCCAACGCGAAAUUCACACGUGUUAUAAAAAAUGUAGAUAUAAUGUACAUUGUACAUCAAAUAUAUUGAUAACUCAAUUCAGAUCUCAACAAUAAAAAUGUAGGUACUUAUAUAGCAUCUAAAAGUGUAUAUUAUUUUAGACCUUCAAUUCACUCAAGUUCUAUAGACAGUUUUAAAAUUAAAAAUGAACAAUUUCAUCUAUGUAAAUUAAUCUCACUUUUAAUUUGUUUAUUUUAUUUUGAAUAUAACUAAUGAAUGGGGAUGAUAUUUACCUCAAUAUAUCUGUAAAAAGGAAAAAAUUUAGUAUUUACAUAAAUGCACGUUGAAUAAAAAUAUAAUGAUUACCUACUGUAUAAUAUAUAAUUUUUCUUUUAAAUAUUUUUUGAAUUCAACAUUACCACUGACAUUAAUACAAACAAAUUUAAUAUAUUAUUAUUGUUAUUUUAAACGUUUCUUAUUGAUUCAAUAAAUUUCUUUGAAUAUUCGAUGAUUCGUCCGAUACAUAGUAAUUGUGCCGUUUAAGUACAGAACACCAAAAAUAUUAUUACGAUAGUAUCAAUUUUAAUUUUUUAUUCAUUUUUCUUUUCAUAUAUUCGUAUUGUUAACUAUUAUAGCGAUCAAGGGCGUAAAAGUCAGCGUUUGAAAAGAAGAUAGGUACCUACCCAUUAUACGUGUAGUAAAUAGAAGUUUUCAAGGUUAUGUUAGUUACAUAUAUUUUUUAUAUUUCUUUAGUGACUUGAGGUGAAGGACGAGAAGGUUUUCUUCGUUAUAUUCAGUAAAAUAGUGCAAUUUAUAUUUUACAGAUGUAUUUAUUCCACUGAAUGUAUAUGGAAGAAAUGUAAGAUUAUUAAAUAAAAAAUAUAAUUAUGAAUAUUUACAUUAUUUGGUAACUGGAACACUAAAUUAUUAUAAAAUUAACUUUUUAGGAAAAAAAAAUCGUAGAUAUUGACGUUUAAAUGCAAAACAAAGUGUAUGAUAUCAUGCUGGAUAGUAUUGCAAUGCGUGAUUGAUUUGUGUUAUUUAUUUUGAUGUGAAAAUCAAAACUAGGAUAUUAUAAUAUGUUGUUUUAGUUUAUUUCGAGAUUACAAAACUUUAUAAAUUAUUAUGUAACAUCUACAUAUUAGCGGGGUACGCAAGAUAUGCCGCUGCAUUUAAACUUGGUUUGAUUUGUUAGUUAUAUUUUUGUUAGAGAGUCCUAUUUUUCCAACUGUAUUGACAUAACCUGUGGAUGAAGUCUGUACACGCCUAUGAAAUUUUUCUAUAACAAUUGUGAAAGUAAACAGUUUUUGCAAAAUACUCCCUUGAAUAUUCCUUAGUUUGUUUACCAUUAUAAAAUUAAUGAAAAUAAUUAAAAACGUAUUUAUAUAAUAUUAGUAUAUGCUUAGGUACCUAUUAUGUAUUUUUUUUGUUUAUGCCAGAUAAAUAAGGAACUUCAACACAGACUCAGAUAAAAAUCAAUAAAUUAACAAUAUAUAUCCCUACUCAAAGAUAGUUUUAUAUAUAUAUAUAUAUAUAUACCAAAACAUUAAAACUUGAAAACUCUCUAUUACUACAAGCGUGCUGGAAAAACCUAUUGAUGUCACAUAAAUGUAUGAUAUACUCCACAUAUUUAACUAAAAUAUGAAAUGAAAGUUGAAAGUACCCUUAAUGAGUGACUUUUAUAAUAUGGUAAAUGAUCAUAUCAACAUUUACCUCACAACACAUAACAUAACAUAAUUAUAAGCACUUGUUUUGUUGUACAAAUUGUUUGGAUUAAAUAUCUAUAAAUAUUUGUUUUUGCAUUAAACAACUGAAAAAUUAGUGAAAAUUUUAGACAAUGGUUAAACAUUUUUUUAGUGGUCUACUUAUACCAAUAAUGAUAAAAGUGUACACUGUACACUUUAUACGUAAUAAACACAUUCACAAAUUAAUGUAUUAUUUAACAUUUAAUAAUUAUUAUAAAUUCUUAAUGUUAAUUUUGUGUUUGAUUUUUCUUUAGGUUUAAGAUUGGACAAUAAUAUGAGUUCGAUGGGUCCUCAGUCACCUAUAGAUCUAAAACCUGAUACAGCAACGUUAAUGGUUAAUUUCAGUCCUCAAGGAGAUCCUCUGAGCCCGGGGUAAGCAUACUAUUAUAUUCUUAUUUUUAUAAAUUUAAUAAUUCAACAACGAUAAUAUGUUACAUAAUGAAACAUGAUAAAAAAGGCAGAAGUUAAUAUAAAUUGGUGUUGAAAGAGAAUUAAAAAAGUCUGACAUACUUCGCAUGAUGGCUGCAACCACUAUUUUUGGUGAAAAGUUGGAAAUGUAGGAUAUAGAGGGGAAAUUAAUUUGUAUCUGUAAGCAACAUAAUCCAUUGCUUAUUAAAAAACGAUUCUAAGCUGAGUUGAGUUGAUAGUGAUGCUUUGUUAAUAAUAUGUAUGUCAUAUUAUGGUAAAAUAAUUAAAUAGGUAUUAUAUAUUUUCUCUAAAUAUAUUUGUUUUCUUGGUUUUCCAAUGUUUUUCCCGAUUUUUCACAUUUUCUGGAAAAACCGAAAAGUGAAUUCCUCAAAGUACCUUCCCAGUUAGAUUUUCUUUCAGAAAAGGUGAUCUCAUAGGAACAAAAUUCCUGGUAGAAAAAUUGAUCACAAGAAAAAAAAGACAGUAAUAUUUUUAACUAAUACCUACAUUUCGUACUUUUUCCAGUUUAUCCUAUUUAUUGGGAAAACUCUUGAGCAAAUCAAAAGAUGACCUUCCCAGUACGAUUUCCUUCAAAAAAAGUGAUACACUUAAAAAUUGAAGCAAAAUUUUGGCAGAGAAGUUUGCACAAUAAAUUCAGGCGUAUUUUUCGAUUGAAAUAGUCCGAGCAAGCGAUAGCUGGUUUUCUAGGUUCACCUAAAAUGCAUUUGUUUUUCCCUGUUUAAAUAAAAGAGAAAAAAUAAAUGCAAACAUUUUUUUUUGAAACCCAGGUUUUUUUGAAUCCGCAAUGAUCCCUAGAAUAGAAAUUGAUAUUUAUGGCCAUUAAUCUAUGACAAAUAUACAGUAAAGGAGACUAUGUAGUUAUUUAACAUAACAUAUAAUAUCCACAUAAUAUAAAAACUUCAAAAAGCUACCAUAUCGAAACUUAGUCAGUCCGCUCAAUACUGACUUUUCAACAAAAUUUGAUAUAAAAAUUCCUUUAUAAAAAAAAUACUACAUUAAACUCAAAUUUCUUUUUUAAAACACAAAGUAAUACUCUUAAUAAACCUCCUGUUAAAUUUUCAAACAUUUCUGUUAAGUCAUUAUGUACAAAACUAGCAAAAUUAAAAUGUCUAUAAAUAGCUCAAAAAUCGUUUAAAUUUUAUAAUGUGUAGAAAAAGUAAAUAUAAAUUUUCCUUCUACAUGUUAAGUCCAUAGAAUCAAUAUAAUAUUUUAAACUGAAUUACAACAAAUAACAAAAUUGAAAAAAUAAUAAAAACACUAAAAGCAAUCUUAUUUUUGUAAAUUUCCCGGUUUUCUUUAUUUUUCCCACCUUUUCUCUUUUAUUGGAAAAACCAAAAGGAAAAUCAAAAAAUAGCCUUCUUAAAAAACCACCCCAAGAAAAUUUCCUUUCAGAAAAGGGUCUAUAGCGUAUACAUUGGAGCAAGAUUUCUGAUAGAAUUUUUGGAAAAUCUAAUCUAACCUAACCUAACCAAUUCUUAUGAAAUACAUAUAUUGUCAUACAGAAUUGUUUACUACAUUUGCCAAUAAAAUAAUAUCAUUUAAUAUAUAUUUUUGUAAAAUUUACCUUAAAGAUUUGAUCCUGAAAUAAAAUUAAAAAAAAACUUAUUGUCAUAGUAUUAGAAUAAGCCAUUUGAGUGUUUUUUUUUUUACUAAAAAUGUGUUUUUUUUUCUAUUUUUUAAUAAUCUUAUUUACAAGAAUACAUGAUCCAAUAAUAAAAAAAUGACAACAGCCUUAUUGAUUUCCCAAGUAAUUUUCAUAAUAAUUCGGAAACACUAGAAAAGCUAACAGAAAAAGUGGACAAAUUUACAGCAAUAAUUCAUUAUUUUCAUUUUAUUUUUUUACCAGAUCUGGCUUCAAAAUGUAGCAUCUUUUCUGAAAGAAAAUUUUAUUCUGUUUAUGUGUAAGCAAAAAUAGGAAAGUGAACAGUAAUAACAGUUUGAUAUUUUUUUUUAAAAAUAAUUGUAGACAAUUAAAGAAAUAGACAUUUUCACAGAAUACUUAUAUUAGCUUUUUUUAGAUGUGAUACAAUUUUCAAAACAUUCUGGAGAUUCUUUGUCAAUCUAUAAUAUAUAAUGCCUAUGUAUUUGAAAAUUUUACAUAAGACUCAUCAAAAGUAGAACUUAGUGGUAAAGAAAACAAGGUUGAAUGUAAUGAUGUAGUUUUUUUAUAAUCAUUCAAACCAUGACAUUUCACAUAUUACUUUUCAAUUUACAUGAAUCAAAAUAAUACAUUACUUAUAAUAAUAUGUAGUUAUUUAAGUAUGCAUUUAUUUGUUUAGUAGAUUAUACAAUGUUGACAGAAAUAAUAUAAUGAAUAAUUCUUGCAAUAUCCAAAAUUCACCCAAUUACCCACCUAAUCAUCCUCUUAGUGGAUCAAAGCACUUGUGUUCUAUAUGUGGUGAUCGUGCUAGUGGAAAACAUUAUGGUGUCUAUAGGUAAUAUUUACUGAUAAGUAAAAACCUAAACUUUUUUUUUUCUGUAAUGAGAAUUUUUAACUAUUUAUUAAAUACUUGUUUAUAGUUGUGAGGGCUGUAAAGGAUUUUUCAAACGGACUGUAAGGAAAAAUUUGUCCUAUGCAUGUCGUGAAGAGAAUAAAUGCAUAAUUGACAAACGCCAAAGGAAUCGAUGUCAGUAUUGCAGAUAUCAAAAAUGUCUCUCUAUGGGUAUGAAGAGAGAAGCUGUCCAAGUUUGUAUUCUUUAUAUUUUAUUACAAAGAAUAUUUAAGAUAAUAUGCAUAAUACAAUAAUAUUGUGUAAAAAAAAAAAUACAUAUGUAAAUUACAUAAUUUUCAUGACUUAUUUUUGAAUAUUUUAAUAUCUACUUUGGUACAAACCGGAUUAAUGUCUAAUGGCAAUAAGUGUAUUCACUAUUCAAUAUAAAUCUUCUGUACUAGAGGUUUCAAAUUAAAAUAUGAAUUAAUACAUACAUGAACAUGAAUGAAAAAACUGUAAUCAUCUAUACUUAGUACAUAUGAAUUUAAUAUCUGUGCAAAUAUAAUUAGGGGAUGACUGGUCUUUACCUACUGCCAGUGUCUAGUUGAUAAAUUGAUUAUUAUUCUAUGUUAUGAAUUUGGUAUACUUUUGUAUUCUAAAAUAGUUAAAUACAUAGUUUUAUAUAAAGAUUUUAUUUAAUUUCACAUAAAUAACUGAAAGCAUGUACACAUAAAAUAGUGAGCUCUAUUCUGUACAUUUUCUUUUUCUAACUAACUAAAAAAUAUCUAAAUAUUUGUUUUAAAAAUAUAUAUACAGGCUGAUAUUUCAAACAUACUAUCUUUCAUACUAUUUUUAUGGUUAAAUUAUUCAUAAAUUCUAAUACUAAUUUUUUGAAUUUGUAUGUGUAGUUAAAGAAGAUAUUUUCAAAUACUUUUUGACAAUAUUUAAGGAGUCCUGUAACAAUACCAACUUUUUUCCAAGAGAAAACCUACAUGUUUUAAUGUAAAUUGUCAGAUGAUUUCACUAAAAAUGGUGAUAUAUUGUAUUCAGAAUAUGAACACAAAGUUUCUGAGUAAUUCUGCUUUAAAUACUAAUGAUAGUAGCAUAUAACCAGAUUUUCAAUAACCCCUUUAUUCAAAACAAACAAUUGCCUGUACACUUCUCCUAUGACCAAUAUCAAAUCCCUAUAAAAAGCUUUUAAAAUAUGUUGGUUCUCAUUUGAAAAAAUAAAGUUAGUAUUGCAACAGAGCAAUUACUCCUUAAAUUUUGUGAAAAAUUAAAGUAUUUGAAAAAAAAUAUCCUUUUUAACUACACAUAUAAAUUUCAAAAAUUGGAAUUUAAAUUUAUGUAUAAUUUAACCAUAAAAAUUAAAUGAACAUGCUUAAAAAAUCACCAUGUACACAGGGUGAUUUUUUUUAUCAUGAACCAGCAAUUAUCUCAAAGAAUUUUAAGUGAAUUUAAUUUCUCUUUUUUCUAAUCUUUAUGAAAUCCUUUAAGCUUUAUUUUAAAACCAUUUUUAAUUUUUUAACCCUACUCCGCAUACCUUAAAUAAGUGCAUACAUUUGAUAUGAAGUAGGGGGAAAAAUUAAAAAUGGUUUUAAAAUAAAGCUUAAUCUAUUCCAUAAAGAUUAGAAAAAACAAAAAUGAAAUUCACUUAAAAUCCCUAGAGAUAAUUGCUGGUUUAUGAUAAAAAUAUCACUUUCUAUAUACAUAUUUCUCUAUUUAGUAUAUUUUUAAAUUGUCCCUUAAUUUUUUUUUUUAUUAGUGGGUUCCUCUAUUGGAUAUAAGUCAUUGACUUGAAUACAUAUUUACUACUAAAAGUUCAAUAGUUGUUUUUUAAAUGGCCCUACUUAUAUUAUUUUUAAUUAUGAAUCAUUUAUUUCAUUUAUUAUUUAGGUAUAAUAAGGUUUACUUAGGUUUACUUGAUUUAUAUUUAGGUUUGUAAUCAAGUGAUAAAUUUCAGUUUAACCACUAAUCAAUCUAUCCAGUUCACCAAUCAGUCUAUACUUCAUAAUAAAAAGUUGCUUUCAAUUAAUUACAGGAAGAAAGACAGCGCACUAAAGAAAGAGAUAAUAAUAUGGAAAUUGAACCUACAAGUAGCUCUACAUCUGAUAUGCCAGUAGAACUCAUAUUAAGAGCUGAGAAUAAAGCUGAUGUUAUAAAUACAGAACAACCAUAUCUUGAGCAACGAGUAAGUUUUUUUUUCACAAAAACAACAGACAUUUUUAAAUGCAUUAACCUAUUUUGUAUAUAGCAUCCACCACAUACAGCAGCAGGGGCUAUUUGUAAAGCAACUGACAAACAAUUAAUUCAGCUUGUUGAAUGGGCUAAGCAUAUACCACAUUUUAAUAAUUUACCUUUAGGUGAUCAAGUCACAUUAUUGAGAGCUGGUUAGUAAUUAUUUCCUAUAACUUUUAAUUUUUCAUUUAUACAAAAAUGUUUAAUUUGUUUUCUUCAGGUUGGAAUGAAUUAAUGAUUGCAGCAUUUUCCCAUAGAUCCAUUAGUGUGAAAGAUGGAAUUGUUUUAGCUACUGGACUUACUGUUGACAGACAUUCGGCUAAUGAUGCUGGUGUUGAAGCUAUAUUUGACCGUGUACUUACUGAACUAGUUGCUAAAAUGAGGGAUAUGGCAAUGGAUAGAACAGAACUUGGCUGUUUACGUACUAUUAUUCUUUUCAAUCCAGGUAACAGUGCCAUUAGUAUUUGUUAAUUGUAAAUAUUUAUCUGUAUUUUAUAUCAGGUUCUAAAGGAUUGCGGUCUGUAAGUGAAGUAGAAAUAUUGCGUGAUAAGGUUUAUAUCGCCUUAGAAGAAUAUUGUCGGUCCACUUAUCCAGAAGAACCAGGUCGAUUUGCUAAACUUCUCUUAAGGUUGCCUUCAUUGCGUUCAAUUGGUUUAAAAUGCCUUGAACAUUUAUUCUUUUACAAACUUAUUGGAGAUGAACCAAUCGAUAAGUUUUUAAUGGAUGUUCUUGAAACACAUCAUGUACAAGUGGCAACUUGA